AUGCUGCAAGAGCUUAUCGAAGGGAGAGAAAAUGAAAGAUCCUCACUAGGAGAUCUCAUCUGGGCACGUGGGAAAGAAGAGCUAGCAAAAGGAGAUGCAGCAAGGAAGAAAGCAGCGCUAGGCAGCAUUUUGCUCCGCAGAAAAUAUAAACAGGCCGUAAAAAAGCAUUUUAGAAGACUUGCUAGGUGGCAGACGUUGGGAGUAGCCCACAGAGGGACAGAGCAUCUUACUAAUGUAAAAAAGGCAGCUGAGAAAGGUUUGACAGGGAUUACCCCCACCCCAAAUACAGACAUGAGAUUAUUCAAAUCAGCACACACACACAGUAAGACACAGAAGGACACACCCACCAACACAAAGGGUGCCACCCCAGCUCCGCCUCCACCAGCUACCCCUCCCUCUAUCCUGCCUCCUCCCACCGCUGAACGAACGAAUCCUUUCUCAGGUCUCCACCCCUCAGCUCCGCCUCCCACAGCUCCGCCUCCCAAAGCUCCGCCUCGACCCCCACCUUACCACUCCGCUCAGUCUGGUUUUCACAGAAAAAAACUCUCACCCACUAAUCCUUUUGUGAGCACUUCUCUCUACCCAGUGAUCAACAUCAAUGAAGGACAUCUGAAGAUUGACAUACCCCCCACCAUGAUGCCUCAACAGCCGGACCCCUCCCUGACUUCUCACAUUCCUGGACACAAGGCACCAUCCAUGGCCUCUAGGACUUCUGGUACCACCACCAUCGACCUCUCAGACUACGAGGACAGAGAAGGCAACAAUACCUACAGAGACAUGGAUGAAGACAGCGACUCUGAAGCCGAGGACAGCGAGGAGGAGGAAGAGGAGGACCAGCUCGAUGCACCAUUUGGAGACCGUCAGGCCCGCUUUUUGAGUGAGUUUAAAAAAGAAUUACAAUUUAAAUCUUUGCCCACACCAGAUUCAGUGCCCGCUCCUGAGCCACAGCAGAGAUCCACCCCCAGGGGACAGGUUAAGACGGUGAUACCGUCCCCGAACAGAGGCUCACAGAGUUCACAGAGUUUGCCCUGCACAGCCCAACUCACGGUAAGCGGUACAUAUGACCCCAAUCCUACCAAGAGCACUCAAUAA